CUCCAGCCCUCUUUGAUGUUUCUAAGGCCAUUUCAGUCUUUUUCCUCUCUGGUUAAAGGAAUUAGGGUUCGAAACCUCUCUCUUUUCAACUCUCCCUCUGCAACCCACCGUCUUCGGGGUGGUCGUCGCCGUCGGACCCGAGCGUAUCGGUGAGAGAAGGUAGCGGCACCAUGGUUCAGCGACUCACCUAUCGGAAACGGCAUAGCUAUGCCACCAAGUCCAACCAGACGCGGGUCGUCAAGACUCCUGGUGGUAGGCUAGUGUAUCAAACCUCAAAGAAGAGAGCCAAGGGUCCUAUUUGCCCUGUGACGGGGAAGAGGAUUCAGGGGAUUCCUCACCUGAGGCCUACUGAGUACAAGAGAUCUAGAUUAGCAAGGAACAGGAGGACUGUCAACAGAGCUUACGGUGGAGUUUUGUCAGGCGGUGCUGUUAGAGAGAGGAUCAUCCGGGCUUUCUUGGUUGAAGAGCAGAAAAUUGUUAAGAAGGUCCUGAAGAUCCAGAAAGCCAAGGAAAAGCAGGCUGCUAAGAGUUAAGAGACUCAAAGUCAAACACUUCCACCUGGUAGAAAAUUUUGAUUUAGUUGAUGGCGAUCUUGGAGAAUUCGUCUUGGUGAAUAUUUUAGCGAGUGAUUUGUUUGGCAGAAAACAGUUGGACAUGCAUUAGCUAUAUGCACUUCUGCAUUUUGACGACAUUUCAUGGCUGUCUAUGUUGGGAGUUUUAAUUUUGUUUUAUAUUAUUUGUUUCUGUUCUGCUUCUCUAAAUUACUCUGUUAAGGUUUAAUAUACUUUUGGUAGACAUCAAAUGAUAAGAUGAUUUGAUGGCUGGCA